AAGUUACGUGCGAGGCAUGGGCUGCAGUAGCGGAAUGUGGGCGGUAGGUGGCAGCAGUGAAAUACAGGUGUAGAAGGCACGCCCUCCUCCGUGUGACGUCAGGAGUUUCGCCGGCCGGGGUUUUUUACAGGCUGCAGAGGCUGCGCCAGGAACAGAACAGAUCGGACAGUGCGCGAUUACAGUUAGUAGUUUCCCGUAAUGCGCGGCACCCAGUGAUACGGAGCCCGAGUGAUUCCGAGUACGUGCAGUGAUUAUCCGCGGUCAUGCCUAUGGAACUAACGCAGAACAGGAUUCACAAGAUCUGGCUUCCCAGAGAACGGCUUCCGCAGAUCCCCGUGAACGUAAGUGGUCCUCGACUUGCCAACUCACCAACUGUGAUUGUAAUGGUCGGGCUGCCAGCUCGGGGGAAGACUUAUAUCUCCAAAAAGCUGACUCGUUAUCUCAACUGGAGUGGGGUGCCCACAAAAGUUUUCAAUGUGGGCGAGUAUAGACGGGAAGGUGUUAAGGAUUUCUGCUCAUACGAUUUCUUCCGCGCUGACAAUCAGGAAGCUAUGCAAGUCAGAAGACAAUGUGCCUUAGCUGCCUUAGCAGAUGUGAAAACUUACUUGACUCAGGAAGGUGGCCAGGUUGCGGUGUUUGAUGCCACCAAUACCACAAGAGAGCGAAGAGCGAUGGUUGUUGACUUUGCCAAAGAAAAUGACUUCAAGGUAUUCUUCCUUGAAUCUGUAUGCAAUGAUCCAAAUGUUGUUGCCAGCAAUGUGUUGGAAGUUAAGUUGUCCAGCCCAGAUUACAGAGGAUGUACCUCUAAACAAGCCGUAGACGACUUCAUGAAGAGAAUUAAUUGCUAUAAAGACAGUUAUGAACCAUUGGAUCCAGACAAUCAUGACAAGGAUCUUUCCAUGAUUAUUGUGUAUGAUGUUGGCCGGAGAUUUUUGGUGAACAGUAUCCAGGAUCACAUCCAGAGUAAGAUCGUAUACUAUCUCAUGAACAUUCACGUCCAGCCCCGUUCAAUUUAUUUGUGUCGUUCUGGUGAGAGUGAGAACAACCUCAAGGGAAAGAUAGGGGGAGAUUCUGGACUGUCUCCAAGAGGGAAGAAGUUUGCAGCUACUCUCAAAAAAUAUGUUGAAGAUCAGAACUUGAAAGAACUAAAGGUGUGGUCAAGUCAGUUAAGAAGGUCCGUUCAGACAUCUCAAGGAUUAGAUGUACCUUAUGAACAGUGGAAAGCGCUAAACGAACUGGACGCUGGAGUAUGUGAAGAGAUGACUUAUGAUGAAGUGAAGGAAUUUUACCCAGAAGAGUUCUCUCUGCGUUCCCAGGACAAAUAUCACUAUCGUUACCCUUCAGGAGAGUCUUACCAAGAUCUGGUUCAGCGUCUUGAGCCUGUUAUUAUGGAGUUGGAAAGACAAGGCAAUGUCGUGGUCAUCUGUCACCAGGCUGUAAUGAGGUGUCUUUUGUCUUACUUCCUCGACAAACCUGCAGAUGAAAUGCCGUAUCUAAGGUGCCCUCUUCAUUCAUUGCUUAAGCUGACUCCGUAUGCGUAUGGAUGUCACGUGGAGUCAGUAAAUUUUAACAUUGAAGCUGUUAAUACCCACAGGGAGAGAUGCAAUGAGGAAUCAAAAGGUCUCAACCCACUUAUGAGGCGCAAUAGUGUGACCCCUCUUGCCAGUCCUGAGCCAAACAAGAAAAUCCGAAUCAAUAGCUUGGAGUUUGAGUUUGGCGCUUGUUCUUCUCAAGAGCCAUCCACCUCGCAGUCUUCACAGCCUUUUCUAGGAAAGGCUUGCCUGGCUUGAGCGAUCCUGAGUGGACUAUCCAGGAGGAACAAAGUCACAGACAAAUCAGCUGAUCCCUUUGGUUGCUACAUUCCACUUUUUCAUUGCUAAAUCCUAUUUGCAAUCUUCUCCUUGUUCAUUUGAAGUUUCAGGACCUCAAUUGCUUCAGAAUGGAUUAAAAUGCAAUGGACAAUGGAUCAUGGCAAUUUUAUAUUUUAUUUAUUGUUUUAAAGAACUGAGAAUGGAGUCCCUGAACAUUUCAUACAGUGGAGUGCACAGCUGGACCUAUUUGUAAUUUGCACAUUUUUUCUUUCUUUGUAGUUUUACUGUUUAUGUCAUAGUGAUACAAAGUUUGAAUUUUAUUAUUUGUUAUAUAUUGAUAGAAUUAGUCAUUUUGUCAAAGUCUUGAUUAACAAUAUACGUGAGGAGAAGAAAGUUCUAGAAUUUUUUUCACUGUUCCUCUGAUUUUAUUUAAUUUAUUGUGACCCCCUCUUCUUUGACUGCAUUUUAUUGCAGCACCCAAAUAACCAGGCUUAAUUAGUAUAUUCUCUAUACAUUUUUCCACCCUUUAGUGUGAUAUUCAAGCUGUGGCCUAAUUUAAUAAUUUUAAAACGUUCUAUAUAAAGGUGCAGCCUAAUUUAAUAAAAGUAUAUAUAUAUUUGUAGUGUAUAUACUGUAUGUGAAUGUCAGGACUUAAAGGUAAAAUGCUCUUUCUUUGGUGCUCAGCCUUCGACAUAAAGGAUACUGAACCCAAUUUUUUUUUCUUAAAUGAUUCAGAUAAAGCAUGCAAUUUUAAGCAACUUUCUAGUUUGCUCCUAUUUUUUUUUUGUUCUCUUGGUAUCUUUAUUUGAAAAAAACCAGGAAUGAAGCUUACAAGCCGGCCUAUCUUUGGUUCAGCACCUGGAUAGCACUUGCUGAUUGGUUGCUAAAUGUAGCAACCAUUCAGCAAGCGCUAUCCAGGGUUCUGAACCAAAGAUGGGCCCGCUCUUAUGCUUACAUUCCUGCUUUUUCAAAUAAAGAUACCAAGAGAAUGAAGAAAAAUUAAUAGGAGUAAACUAGAAAGUUGCUUAAAAUAUCUGCUCUAUCUGAAUCAUGAAAUAAAAAAAUUAGGUUCAGUGUCCCUUUUAAGGCAAUAAAUAAUUUCUACCCCUUUGUCACAUGACCAAACACCAAGUACUUUUUGUUUACAGUGAAAAGUGUUAGCUAUUCAUUGUGCCACAGUUUGAAUAUCGCGCUUCUUUUUGUAGUAGAACCAAGAACCUUUAUCUUCCCAGAAGCAGCUUGUAGAACAGGGUUAUCUAGAACUGUUUUCUUCGUCCUUGUACUUGAAUUCUCUGGAACUGUCUCAGAUGAUAGUGCCCCUUUUGUCUCUGUGCGCAUACGCACUUUAUGGUUGUGUCACACAUGGAUUUUUUUUUUUUUAAAAAGGCAUGUUUCACUUUAUUGCAAAGAUGCAUGUUUGCACUUUAUCGUGAGAACAGGGUUGUAACGUGCACCAUUUAAAGUACAGAUGAUGCUGAAUUUCGUGUGUGUGUAGAAUGAGACGGGAAGAUGUGUUUUUACGACAAUGUACUAUAACCCUUGGAUAUGUCUGAUGUCUGGUUAAAAGAUGCGUGGCUUUUCUUGUGACUGUUUUGUCUUACAAAGUUGAACCUACCUCUACUUGCAACUGCUCCAUGGAUUGUGAAAGCUCCAGAAUGUGCAGUGGAAAUGUUUUUCAGACUUUUCUCUCAAGCUACUCAACUGGGCUAUGACUACAAAAGUCACUAAACUGCUACGGACCUUGUCAAUUCCUAAGUUGUAAGAUUGUAUAUUUUUUAUUUUAUUAUAAAUAUUUUGAUUUGUAUUCUGUUUUUAGAUGUUAUAGGCAAGACGAGAACUGUAUGCUGUGUAUUUGCACGCUUUAGUAGUGCAAGAUUCUUUUCAAUUUGCACUAGUUUUCAUAAUCCCUUUUUUUUAUUAACUAACUUUUUAUUUUAAAUACAUGUUUAGUCAUUUUUGGGUACCUUGUACAUAAUUUCAAGAUCUCUGCACACAACAUAAUAUUUUAAAAGUACAUGAACAUGUUAGAAUUUAGUUUAAUUUGUAAACACUGCAUUUUGGUGUUGGUGGGUUGUUGUUUUUUUUUUCCGUCUCCAUAUUGCUGUUUGUAGACUGGCUGUACUUUGCUGGCCGCAGUUGUAGUCGCUAACUAUAGCUACCACGUAACUUGAGACCAAUCACUUAUAUAUAGUAACAUAUAUAUAUAUAUUUUUUAAUUUUUUUUUAUAUAUUUAUAUUUGGCUUAGAUUUGCUAUUUAUUUUAUGUAUUUAUCUCAGCUUGCAUACUUUCUUGUUUUAAGUGUAUAUUUUAUGUGUGUAUUUGUCUGGUAUAAUUGCCUCCUUUUUCAAAGCUUCACCAGCUAUUACAGGAUAUGCCUUUAAGAAUUUGUUUAUUUUUUUCUUGUUUUGCAUUUGCUGGACCAAUAAAGAAAAAAACUUGUUGAUUA